UCUGAGAAGACACUAAUGUAGUGCUUUAGUAGUAGGGGAAAAAGCAAAAAAUACAUGAAUUUUUAUUUUUUCCCAGGUGGCGGCCCUCCACCCCCUCCCCUUGACCCCAUUGAUGAGCUUGUAGGGGACAUUUUGGGGCAAGACAGCAAGGUCAUCAUGGGGUUUGAGGAGAUUGAUGACCUUGGACAUCAAAGGACUGUCGACAUUGAAGACGCAGCAGAGCCAGCGAGCCAGCUCAUUGUAGGUCAGGGAGGUGCUGAGGCACCAACAGUAAUAAUUGUGCCUGAGCCCACCCUGCAGCCACAGACUGAGGGGGGUGCCCGGGGGAAGGUGCCAACUGAGGAUGAUGCAGCAGCUGCUCAAGCAAAGGUGGCAGCUGUUGAGGAGGAAGCUGUAGCUUCAAGAGCUACAGCAGCAGCUGCACAGGCUGGGGAGGAGGCUGCACGGGCCAUGAAGGCAGCCGCAGAGGAGGUGGCGGCUUGUGCUCGGGCCUUCACAGGAGCUGCAAGGGCGCAGGAGGCAGCUGCAAGGGCGCAGGAGGCAGCUGAAAGGGCACGGGAGGCAGCUGCCAAAGAAAAAGCGGAAGCCAUGCGUCUUAAACAAAUUUUGCUGAAGUUACAAAUUGAAAAGGAAAGGAAAAACAAAUAAUAUACCUAAUAAAAGUAGACAAGGAUGCA